AUGGAAGAAACACCAGCUACCAAUCAUGAUGCUCUGGUAAAUAUUCUGAAUAGUUUUAAGGCUGAAAUUUGCUCCGAACUUAAAGAAUAUAGAAAGCAGUUUGAUGAAUUCAAGUUAGCCCUAGAGGUUGUCUCUGACAAAUUGGAUCAAUCAAACAUGAAGAUGGCCCAGCUAUCAGAAAACUACAAAGACCUAAAGAAGGAAAAUAAAGAAUUAAAGGAUAGCAAUAAAGUAUUAUGUGAAGAAGUCAAUAGCCUGAAAACUAGAGUGAGACUUGCAGAGCAGUAUUCUAUAAAAUGUAAUGUGGAGAUCCAGGGAAUACCAGUGACUACCAACGAAGAUGCUGUGAGCUUAGCUACAGACGUGGGUGCUGCACUGGGGGUUGUGCUGAGUGCGGAAGAUGUGAUGGCGGCCCACAGAGUACCGACCUUCCGACCUAGAGCCGCGCCACCGCUGGUCGUCCAACUCAGGGAUAGGAGGAUGAAAGAGACGAUUGUAGCUGCCUACAAGAAGAAGAAGGAACUGAAG